UAGGAUUCACCGCCUUCUCAGACCAUUCUUUUUGAUACAAAACUCUUCAUUAAUGAAGAAACUGCUACAUGCAAUAAAGAGAACAGUACCAGAAAUUCUCAGUGUGCUGUUUCUUCUUCUUCUUCACUUGUGGUUCUUUGCCAUGUGUGGUAUGCUGCUGUUCCCACAGGCAUCAAGACAGAACAGUACCCUUUCGAGUGACCCGUGUAGCAACCUCAGGAAUGACUCAAGCAAAGGUGUAGCAUGUGAGGGAAAUAAAUAUUUCCCAAGACUGGAAGAUUCUCUGGGGAGCCUUUUAGUUCUGUUGACUACAGCUAAUAACCCAGAUGUGAUGAUGCCUGCAUACAUGCAGAACAGAUUCUACGCAAUUUUUUUCAUCACUUUUACUGUAAUUGGUCUUUACUUCUUCUUAAAUAUGUUAACGGCCAUCAUAUAUAACCAGUUUAGAGGAUACCUGACCAGUUCGCUUCAAGCAAGUUUUUUCCGGCGAAGAGUUGGAAUCAGAGCCGCGUUUGAGGUUCUUCUUAAAAUUCAAGAUCAAGAUAGCGACGUGCCAUUAGGACGUAUUAGCACAGCGGACGCCAAAAAGACUAUCGAAAAGGCAAACAUUGGCAAAAGAGCUGGUCAACUCGUAUUGUUGCGCCUGGCUCAAAACACCAUAGGUCACCUUGAUUCUAAGCAGUUUCAAGACUUGUUUGUUGUACUUGACCAAGUAGCCAAACGUCGAGUCAGACCGGCCAUGAGUUACGUGGAGAAUCCUCUGCUGAGGAAGAUUCAAAUUAUUGUCUCCAACAAAUGUUUUGACUACGCUGGGGAUUUCAUGGCUGGGGUUAACGUGCUUCUUGUUUCUGGUAUGGGUAUCGAAGGGAGAAGCAACAUGUCAUCAUGGCUAAAAAUUGGCGGUCGCACUGUCGCCAGUGUUUGCAAAGAGGCGACAGAAGUGAACCCUCAAUCUAAUUCAGAGGAAGCACUGCCUUCAGCUGUCGUACUGCCAGUAGACGAAGAUCCAGAGGAAGCUCUUGAUGCUGAAAUAGUUGGUUGCACAGGUGAUGAAGAAAGAGAUUCUGGAGAUGAUGACAGUGAAAGAGGAAGAAUUUGUUGA